UUCUCAAUUGAAUUAUAUAGCUCUACACAAACAAGAGAGAAUUACAUGAAUAACAAACAUUUCAAUGUCUCAAAAUAAGCUUCUCCUUGCUGCCUUCUUUGCCUUUCUUGCAUUCCAAUUUCAUGUAUCCCAUGGCUGGAGGUAUGAUGUUAAACGCAUACCUUACGAGUGUACACAAGCUCCUUCUUCAUGUGGCAAUAUCCUCAACAUCUCAUACCCAUUUCGACUCAAAGGAGACUCUCCAGACUGUGGUGACCCCAUCUACGAACUCUCUUGCCAUAACAAUCAAACUAUACUCAGCUUGGAUUCUCAAACAUACUUGGUGAAGGAUAUCGACUACUACAACAGCACAAUCCGGAUUGCCGAUGUUGGCGUCCAGCUUGGUAAUUGCUCCUCCAUGCCUAUCAAUUCUUUAUCAAUCUUUUUUUAUGUAACACAUAUAGAAUACGGUGGAUGCUACUAUGCGCCGUAUGAUUUUCCACGAAGACUCUACGAUCUAGCUUAUGUAAGCUGUGAAAGUCCAGUGAAUUCUAGCACUUAUGUGGAUGCUUCUCCCUGUAUAAUCCAAACCAACUCAACCAACAACACAAGAUCAUAUCAUUAUGUUGUGGUUGGUGAUUUUAAGAAUACAGACUUGAAGGUCAACUGUGCCUUUGAUUUCCUCUCAUAUACAUUUUUAGAUGGCAACUACAAUAACUAUUCUUACAUGGACAUCCAUAAGAAGCUUGUUUAUGGUGUGGAGGUUUCUUGGGCUACAAUUUCAUGUGCUGCUUGUAGAGGAGAUGGUUUUUGUCGUCUAGAGAACAACACCAUUAUCCAAAGCUGCUUAAGUGAAGGAUACUGCUCUAAGUGCAACUUACGAUGUGAGUAA